AUGGCAUCUCUAUCUUCCCCAGCAACCCAAAACACCAUGGUCCAACCGCGUCGGAUCCGGGUCAUCAAAGAAGGAUCCAGAAAGCAAGUGGGUGGUGGUCCUGUUGUUUACUGGAUGUUUAGAGAUCAACGGAUCAGGGACAACUGGGCUUUAAUCCAUGCCUUUGAUCAGGCCAACAGGAACAACGUGCCUGUAGCUGUGGCGUUCAAUUUGUUUGAUCAGUUUUUGGGGGCAAAAGCAAGGCAACUAGGUUUUAUGCUAAGGGGUUUGUCUCAGCUACAAAAAAACAUUGAAGAGACACUUCAAAUCCCAUUUUUCUUGUUCCAGGGAGAAGCUGAAGAGACUAUACCAAAAUUUUUAAAAGAAUGCGGGGCUUCACUUUUAGUUACUGAUUUUUCGCCUCUUAGACAAGUCCGCAAAUGCAAAGAUGAAAUCCGUAAGAGAGUAAGUGAUUCGGUGAGCAUACAUGAAGUUGAUGCUCAUAAUGUGGUGCCUAUUUGGGUGGCAUCAGAGAAAUUGGAGUAUAGUGCUAGGACUUUAAGGGGUAAGAUAAAUAAAUUGCUACCUGAGUACCUCAUCGAUUUCCCAAUGUUGCAAUCACAGACGAACAAGUGGGCUGCUGCUACGAAUCAGUCAAUUGAUUGGGAUGGUCUCAUUAACAAUGUUUUAAGGAAAGGGGCAGAAGUUCCUGAAAUCAAAUGGUGUGAACCAGGAGAAGAUGCAGCAUUGGAAGUGUUGAUGGGAAGUAAAGAUGGAUUCUUGAUGAAAAGGUUGAAGAAUUAUUCUACAGAUAGGAAUAACCCACUAAAACCUAAAGGGCUCUCUGGUCUGUCUCCAUAUCUUCAUUUUGGGCAGAUUUCUGCACAGCGAUGUGCUUUGGAGGCACGUAAAGUGAGGAAUCUUAGUCCUCAGUCAGCCGAUGCAUUUCUGGAGGAGUUGAUUGUGCGUAGAGAACUUGCUGACAACUUUUGCUUUUACCAGCCCCAUUACGAUUCCAUACAGGGGGCAUGGGAGUGGGCACGUAAGACCUUGGUGGACCAUGCUUCUGACCAGCGAGAACAUAUUUAUUCGAAGGAGCAAUUAGAGAAGGCACAGACAGCUGAUCCUCUUUGGAAUGCUUCUCAGCUGGAGAUGGUUUACCAUGGGAAGAUGCAUGGUUUCAUGCGUAUGUAUUGGGCGAAAAAGAUUCUUGAGUGGACAAGAGGACCUGAAGAAGCCCUUGCAAUAUCCAUAUAUCUAAAUGACAAGUAUGAGAUAGACGGGAGGGAUCCAGGUGGAUAUGUUGGUUGCAUGUGGUCAAUAUGUGGCAUCCAUGAUCAGGGGUGGAAAGAGCGACCAAUUUUUGGGAAAAUACGUUAUAUGAAUUAUGCAGGCUGCAAACGGAAAUUUGAUGUUGACGGUUACAUUGCUCUCGUCAAGAGAAUCGUGGGCAACACUAAAAAGAGGGAAGCGGAAACUCAGCUCCAUAAGACCACAAAGGAACUCCGCAGUUAG